CGGUGUCCCAGUUCAGUUCCGUUGCAAUUUACAACAAGCUCUGUGGUCUUCUCUCACUGAUGGACAGAGCGGCAGGCUAACAACAGGCAGAUGUUGAGAGCUACAUGUCGGAUGUCCAAUGACCGGACGGAUGCAUGUUUAUUCCACACGGGUUAUAGAGGCGGAGAUGUGCUCACACCGUUAACUCAACGCGGCACACACAGGAUCUCCCGCAUGUAACCCGCAUAACAUGCAGGAGGGAAGUACCGGAUUUUAUCCCAGAGAGAAACACUGAGGCUACAGCACAACAGGAGAGUUCCAAAUGCUCUGACACACAGUGAUCUGCUGCUGUAAACAGCCACCUCACUCUCCUCAUCUGGCAAAGUCGAUGUGAAAGUAAUCGCCGAAAUGCGUCUCCAUUGAGCACUUGGUCUGACAUGACGAGAUUGACGCUAAGGUCGGACAUUGAAGAGGAAAAAGAGGAUGAACAGUUAUUAGCACCCCUUUGUGGUGUGGAGGAAUGAGGGCCUCUGGAUGAAGGCCAUGGAGCUGAAAGUGUGGGUGGACGGAGUGCAGCGCAUCGUGUGCGGGGUCACAGAGUUCACCACAUGCCAGGAAGUGGUCAUUGCUUUGGCACAAGCCAUUGGACGCACUGGCAGGUACACUUUGAUCGAGAAAUGGCGUGAGACAGAACGCCACCUGGCUCCGCAUGAGAACCCUGUGGUGUCCCUCAACAAAUGGGGACAGUAUGCCAGCGACGUCCAGCUCAUCCUCCAACGAACCGGCCCGUCUGUUAGUGAACGGCCAACCUUUGACGGGCAGACUCGUGUCCCGGAGCGUGGCUUCUACCGGCAGAGUCUGCCACCUCUGGCCAAGCUCCGCCCGUCAGGGACAGACCGCUCGCUCAAACGAAGGGAACCCAAACGCAAGUCUCUGACCUUUACCGGAGGGGCCAAAGGUCUGCGGGACAUAUUAUGGAAAAGCAGAGAUGCUGAAGCCAAACAGCCCCAGCACAGGGGUGUGAGUCUGAACCUGAGCAGGGUUGGAGGUGUUGGAGUACCAUCUGUACCUGGGAGUCCAGCCAGAGAGCUGAGCCGGCUGGUGCAGCUGCAGAGAGACAAACUCCAGGCCCUGGAGAGCCGUCUGCUUGGCUGCGAGGCCGAGCUACGAGACUGGGAGGAGGCCACUGGCGAGGCCGAUGAAGGAGUAAACUUGGAGGAGGAGCUGCUGCUUUUAGAGCAGCAGGUGAGGAGGAACGAUGCAGAGCUGGAGGAGGAGGAAUUCUGGCAGAACGAGCUGCAGAUCGAGCAGGAGAGCGAGCGGCGGCUCCGGCAACAGCUAGUCGAGCUGCAGGGCCGUGUACGUGACUGCGAGGCCAAGCUUUCGGAGUACCUGGCACACAUACAGGGCAUGGAGGGAGGCCUGGAGCAGGAGAGGCUGCAGCAGGAGGCGGAGCUCAACCAGAGGGUCAAUGAGGAAGAGGUGCAAGCCCAGCUGGAGAAAGUGAGGGCAGAGCUGGAAAUGCAGAGCCAACACACGGCACGGCUGGAGAGCAGCUGCAAGGCGUUGGAGCGCUCACUCGGCCAGUCUAACAAGAGAUUACAGGAGAAGGAGCAGGAGCUGGAGCAGCUGACUAAAGAGCUACGACAGGUCAACCUGCAGCAGUUCAUACAGCAGACGGGUACCAAGGUCACCGUGCUGCCUGCGCAACCUACAGGAGAAAACAGCAACGAAGUGGACUCUGGUUCUUUGAAACGUCUCGGCUCUGCUCGGCUCUUACCCAGCGACCUGCGCACCCUUCAGAGCACCGUGUCCUCCGGCCUCAACCCUGAAGGCAUCUACGUUUGACCCCAGACUGUGCUGUAGACAUUAUUUGAGCAGCAGACUCGGACUGAAGGCCAAAGAAUUUAGUCCAAGAACUGCUGAAAUGCUCUCGAGCAAGGAACUGAAACAAAGUGUGGAGGAUGUCGUCAAAAAACAUGAGUGGGGUGUCACAAAAAAACAGUUCUUGCAUCUGUUUUCAUCUUUCCCUGCUCUGACUCUUCUUCCAUCGUACUAGGACUGGGACUCCCACUGAUGCUAACAUCCAUUUGCAAACUAACAUUGAAUCCCUCUGUACUCCAGUCGGUGAGUGAAGAUUCCUCUUAAAUCCCUCUCAGUCUACUAAAGCUCCAUUUACUCAGAAUUGAAAAAACUAAAAACAAGCCAGCAGAAUCUUUUGUUGCCAGCAGAAACUUAAUUUUUUUGUUGUAAAUCAUGAACUGGAGGAUGUUAAGGACACACGUAAACAUAAUCCGUGCACGAGCAUGCACCAUAUCUGAUUGCCUUACUGGUGUUUUAAAACCAGAUGUCAAUAAUGCGCCAUAUACAUUUGAUAAAAUACCAAUUCAGGUGAUACCUAGUCCUGGUAACUGAUGUCAGUAUAACUUAACAGUGGCUCAAUCCCUUUCCUUUGCAUAGGUUUGAAUAUUUUUUGAAUUUGCAACACAUUUGCUUCAUAUUUUGUGCGUUUGAUAAAAAUGUUUGCCUAUCAUAUAAAUCAAAUGGAGGAGAAAUAGAUGGAGUAACAUUUUUUGGGUGAAAUAGUUUGGCUCGAGGUUCAGUUUUAUGUCACAUCUGGUGCAGAGCCAUCAAUCUCCUCUUUGUUUCUUUAGAAAAGGAGCGAUGAGUGAUGACGGAGGCCUUCGAGCCUGCAGUGUAAAUCCAGAUUGGAAAGUUUACCCAUACCCAGUCUGACCACCAGGUGGCGACAAAACAUGUGUUAUUCAGCCGGGUGAAAGUUAACUGUGAAAGUUGCUCCCGGUCUGAUAUUGUCAGUCUUUGUUCAUUCACAUGACCGUGCAUAUUGUUUUUCUCACAAAGCCUCAGCACCUUAUCUUUCUGGAGCGACUUAGAUCGUUUGACAGCGUGUUCAUCCAGCAGGGACACACAAACCAAACACACUUCUAAAAAAAAAAAAAGUAUUACACCCACAUACUUACUUAUCGUUUUUUUUUUACAAACUAAAGAUGUCUCAUAUGAACCAAAGCUAGUGUAAAAAACUAAUAGUUAGAUGAAUGUACUUUUUUUUUAUAUAUGAAUGCAAUUUAUGCCCAGGGAUGUAUACCCACUUCAAAUAGUAAUCACAUUUUUAAGUUUUCUUGGUUUUCUGUUGAGCUCUGUGUUUUAAGCUUGACACAGAAGAAGUUGACAGUAAAAGGCUAUAACGCUUAAAAACAAUGUAACUAGAAUUCCACAAAAGACCGGAUGUUACUGCAUUUCUACAUUUCUAGUUGAUCAAUUCUCAACAGGGAAUAUAAAGACAUUUCACGCUGGGUUUCUGGGAUGAAAGUGACUCAAACCGUGUGGGAUUAUAUGGGCUAAAUUAAGGGUCAAUACGCUUUUGAUCUUGAAAUAUUUCAAAGUCUGUUGUUGUGUGUCAAACCUUGUUGGUAAAAAAGAACUCUGACUUCGUGGAAAGGAUUGGCAGCUGUGAGAAUGAAAUUAUAUGUUUUGAACACGACUACAACUGCUACUUGUGGCUUAAAUGUGUGCGAGCGUGUGUUACUUCAGUGUCACACGCAGUGUGGGAAUAUGGAGUUUCGCCCAGUUUUUCUGAUUUCAAUCUGUACUCAAAUGUUUACAAAGCAGUUCUCUUGUUUCAGAUGUGAUGUUAAUUGUGCACACGUUUCAGUGGUGGAAGGUAACUCAAACUUUAAACACCACGUACAUUACGAUGCAUUACUAUAGAUUAAGCGACCCGACACUAUGUUAUGUAAUUAAAAUGAGCUCCACCUUUACCAGCUGCAACAAAAAAGUGAUGCGUACAUCAGUAUUUAUAAUCCAAAAUAAUGUAUAGCAUUGGUAAUUCUAAUUUUAAAGUAAGUAAAAAAGAGUACUUCCUUCCACUGACACAUUCUUGUCUUUUUAAGCAUACAAAUCUUUUCUACCCUUUCACAAACUAAUCUAUCAGGCACAGAUUUAGUUUCUCACAGAUUUACAAAAUGUAAUAUACAACCACAGGCUUUUAUUUUCAUAAGCUCAAUUAUGUUAUUGACCCUGAUUUGAGCCCAGAACUCUAUUUUUAAAUGUUAAAAGUGAGUUCCUCCCUCUGGUUUGAAGGAUCUUCGUUGUUUUCUCUGCGACACAAAAGGUAACCGGAGGAUUUCACAUCCCAAAUUGGCAGACUGUUCUCAGACAUUCAGUUCAGUGAAAGAAGUUUUUUUUUUUUUCCUCAGUAUUAUCGUCAUGGCAACAACUUCACUUGGGACACGGCGACAGUAACCCGCUAAUAAAGAAAAAAAUGUUUUUAAGAAUGGCAUGCCUUACUGAAGAAACAAAAUGUAAAUAAUGUCUACAUAUCACAUUGGUUUUUGAACUAUUUUUUAAAAGUAGAUUGAAGUCUGAAAUAUGCAGUGUGCUAGAGAGGUUAGUUUCUAAUGCUGCUGUUCAAUAGGCCGCUCUGUGUGCAUGCAAUAAUGUCUGAUUCAUUUCUUCUUUUUUUUGACUCUCAAUUAGUGGCUACCAAGGAUGCAACAAUUCAUUUGAGAAUCAUUUCAGUUUUGGUUUGUUGUUUCCCCUUUUUGCCUUCUUGACACUGAUAGAACUUCAGCUCUGUGUAUACUCGCAGAAACACCUGCACAUUAUUGUCUUGCCUUUUUUUUUCAAUUUAAUUCUACGGACGUAAAAGAGAUAGUGUUGAAUUGAAUCACGACAAUACGUUUACAUUGCCAAUGCUUUUCAAUAAAAAAAUAGCAUUCACAAAAUGAGAUGAUGGAGCCAUCAUGGAGACAGCCAUCAAGUGGGUUUUGAAAGCCAAUGUAGAAACACUGCGGCUCAGGGAUAUUUCAAGACACAGAAUUACCCGAACAAGAAGGGGCAGAAAGUAAUUAUGGAUGAACGCUGUUCACGAUGUCUCGAGCCAUUUGACAAGUUCAAUCGUGUGUUUGCUCUCGUGGGGACUUGAGCAGCUGUUUUGCCAAAUGUAACAUAUAGCCUAUGGGUUACUAGAUAUAACACAACUAGUUUAACUGAAGUAAUAGUUUGCUUCUGAGAGAGUUGUAGCUUUAUUGAUUAGUGUUUUGGUUGGCUCAUAAUUCAUGUUUAAGCUAGAAACAACGUGGUGCUAGCUUAAACACGAAUCAUGAAUUUAAUUAUAUGAACUGUGCCAGGCUAACUUCACUGACUUGCAUUAACUCAACAUUUAGACAAAUUAAUGUAUGGUAAAAAAAAAUGAAAUGUUAUGAUUUUGUAUUGUUUACUCACCUAUACUGUAUUUUUUUUUUUAGCUUUUGGAAUUUAACACAAUUUCUUCUUCGGGUCAUCAUUCAGCCAUAUGUGUAUGAAAGACAUGAAAAUGAAAUCCAAGAAUAAUGUAAAAAUAUAUAAAUAAAUGAAUAAAAUAUAUUUAAAAACUUGCCAGAAAUUAAUAAACUGAUAUACAGUGCUGAA